AAGCAGUUAUAAUUAACCAGCUUCAUCACCCAACCAACACUCUUACCGUCUCCCAUCUGCCCAUAUGUCAUUAUACAAACCAUAUGUCCCAAAGACAACUGUCGCUGCCUCAACUCCAGUCACGGAAUUCGACAUCCUAAAAGCCUCGCACAAGUUCCUGCGAGACGGCACAGACGGUGAAGCCAGUACAUCAUGGAACGACCAGCUCGCACAGAAAUACUACGACAGCCUCUACCGCGAAUUCGCGAUUUGUGAUCUCAAGCAUUACAAGUCAGGAAACUUCACCCUCCGAUGGCGCACAGAAACAGAAGUUCUCUCCGGAACAGGCGACACGACAUGCGCAAACGCGCGCUGUCCCGACCACACCGCAUCUUCUACACCACUUACGACUCUCGAGCUACCAUUUACAUAUGAAGAGCACGGACAACGGAAAGAAGCGCUCGUGAAAGUCGUUCUGUGUUCGAAAUGCGUGCGCAAGAUCAUGUGGAAGAGGAAACACGAAAAGAGAAGGGAAGACGAGGGUGGUGCGGUGGAGGCUAAGACGGGCGAAAGUGAACAAGUCGAGGAUAGAAAACAACUAAAGUCCAGAAGCCGCUCGAAGGACGUCGAGCGUGAUGUUGAGCGGCAUCGCGCCCGACGAAGACGAAGCUCACGUUCGCGGUCUCCGCGAGCUCACAAAACGGAAUCGGGACGACCCUAUUACAAACGAGGAACAGCGGUAGCCUAAACCCUAGUCCUACUUACUAGCAAGGAAGUUCUCGUGCUUCUCGACAUGUACAUUAGAUUGCGGUGUGUGUGCACUCAAAUGUUCUUGCUCGCAUACCCUUCUCAGGUCCAACGGGACUUGCGCCGUCACGUUGUCCCCAGCU